UGGAAAAGUCCUGGCGUCCCAAUUAUGUAAUAUUAAAUUUGGAAAGCUAUAAAGAUGCAGGUAGGAAUAUGGAAGAAAAUAGCAGAUCUUGGAUCUGGUGCUUUCGGCGUGGUUUCAUUGUGGCAAAAUACAGAAAAUGAGGACUGCGCUGCAAUAAAAAUGUGUAAGUUCAGAACAGAUUCCAAUUUAACACAGAGACAAAAGGAGCGUUGGAAACAUGAAGUAGAUAAAAUCAAAAGUAUAAAUCAUCCAAAUAUAAUAAAAUACAAAGUUAUUCCAGAAGAUUUAGAGAAACAUUUAAUGGCAAAUAGUACUACCAGUAUGCCAUUACUUCCCAUGGAAUACUGCCGAAAAGGAAAUUUGCGUCAUGUUCUACAGAAGCCUUCUAAUAGCUCAGGGUUACCAGAGGAGGAAGUGAGAUGUAUUCUUGGUGACAUUUCUAGUGGUCUUGCACAUUUGCAUAAGCUUAAGGUUACACAUAGAGACAUUAAGCCUGAUAAUAUAGUUUUACAACAUUGCGAAGAAAGAAAAACACAGACUAUUUAUAAGAUUAUUGAUCUUGGUUAUGCGAAGGAAUUGGGAGACUCCACAGUAAGUUUUGUUGGUACUAUGCAUUAUUUAGCUCCAGAAAUUUUUGAAGCAAAGAAUUAUAAUAAAAGUGUUGAUUAUUGGUCUAUGGGUAUACUAACAUUUGAAAUUAUUUGUGGAUUUCUACCAUUUUUAGCAAAUCUUACACCUUUUGAGAGGUUUGAAAAAAUUUGCAACAAACAAUACAAUGACAUUUGUAUCCUCAUGAGCUAUUCAGGGCAAAUUACUUAUUCACAGAACAUUAGAAAAGAAACUUAUAUUUCAACAUGGUUGAAACAACAUUUGGAAAUCUGGCUAAGACAUGUUCUUACUUAUGACCAAAAUGUUAGAGCUGGGAAUUUUCCAAAUAAUGUUGAACCAUUGGAAUAUUUAAGCAAUAUUUUACAGAAAAAAGUAGUUAAUGUUUUUUCAUUGUGUAAAUUAGAAUAUUAUUCUUAUGAAAUAAUGGAAGGUACUCUUGUUGGCACUCUAAAAGACUGGAUUUCUAGAGAUAUUAAAGUUCCUAAAGAUGAACUUUUGUUAUUUGUAUUUAAAGAUAAUUUUAAUGUCCAAGAUAAUGAUGAAUUGUUGAGUAUUAUUGGCAAUGACUACAUAUAUGUAACUAGAAAACGAUUUUUACCAGAAAAUCUCAGCUAUAAUUUUCCAAAGCUUAUAAGAGAAGUAAUGAAGUCAGUAGAAAAGUUUAACAAAAGCUAUGUAAGGGGUUUAAUAUCACAAUUUGUAUUCUUUGUUACUCAAGAAAAACAUAUAUCAUUUCACUUUAGAACAUGUUUUCAUAUAUAUCUCAAUUUCCUAAAUCAUACUUUAAACACCAUUAAAAGUUCAAAAGCCUCUGCAGCGGCUACUGUAAAACAAUUGGUCACUAGAAUUGACUGCUACAACAAAAUGAAAGCUGAUGUUGGAAAUAUUGAUUUAAAAAACAAUUCUAUUUAUGAGGAAUGUUUAAAUCAUGCACAGAGGCUUCUAGCAGGCUCAGAAAGAAGUAUUACUAAGUUUAGUGAACUUGAGAGAAAGAUACACUCAGUAAGUAGAAGGUUAAAAGUUCUCUCAAGUUUAACUUCAAAUAUUUUAGACAUUGUUAAUAGAUAUAACCUUGAUGAUCAUUUCGACAGUGCCUUAAUUUUAAUCGACAAAGCAAACAUACAUGAUCCUAAUAAACUUAAAGAAUUACUUUGUGGUAUGAUAAAAUUAAUAUCAAAUACAAUUAAAGUCAGAGAAAAUACUUUGAAAAAUAAAGAGUUGGUGGCAUUUUCAAGGAUAGUAGGUAAUAUCAUGUGCCACUGCUUUGAGUUGUUAAACUGGAUUAAAAGUUACAUCAGUUAUAAUGAAGAGAUAAUGAAGUCAUUUGAGCAAAACAAAACUAUUUAUCUAGAUAUUCUUCUUAAGGCUGCACAGAAGCCCAAAGUAGAACCAGAAGGAACUGUUUCUGAUAAUGUAUCCUUAACUGGUAGUUUAAAUCAAGAAUUGAUUAAUCUUCCUUUGCCAUUUUUAUUGCAAGAAAAUCAAGAGCUUCGAUAUGAAUUUGAGGAGGCAUUAUCUUCUGGCAUUUCUGACCAUAAAAAUUCUGUGAAUUGUUUAAAGUUGUUAUAAACAAAUGUGAUUAUGUUUGUUGUGAUUUUUUUAUUAAUUUUUUAAUAUAAUAUAUUAUAAAAAAUGUUAUUCAAUACAAGGGUUUUGUAAACCAAGAUUUGUAUAGUACUAUCUAGUCUAGAUGCUAAUAUAACUGCAUUAUCUACAUCCUCAUGGAUAUACUAUGCAAAUGAUUUUUUUGAGCUUGUCUCUUGACAUUCUAUGAACUUUGUGCCAGAAGCACUGUUCUUUUGAAUUCUUCAAGGUAUGCAUCACUAUUUUUCUGUAUUGAUACUCAAUAAAGCUGAAGUAAGAUAAAACAUUCUUAUUGGAUGUAUAUGUAGUAGUCAAUAUUGUGCUCUUAAUUUGUAUGUGAUUCUCCUAAAUAAUGUCCAUCCAUAAUGUUAUUGCAUACAUAAUACAAAUAGCUCCUUUGAUUUUCUUUAUAUACAGCUACAGCUAUGUGGAAGAUCCAUUAAUUACUCCAAUAAAUUUCUUUAAAUAUUAAAAUUUUUGGUAUUUUCAGUAACUUACUACAUAUAUGCAUGUAACUAUAUAUCUGAUAUAUUAGUGCAAUAAAGAAAUAACACU